AAUUGCUACCUAACACUGUCAAAAUGAUACGGGAGUCCAAUGUAAUGUGUUACUCGAUGCAGGUCAGAGAAAUAGAAUAAAAGAAAGCAAAUGACUAUGGAUCCCUUCUAACACAAAAUUCCUAAUAAUAGAACGGCUCAAGCACAGAUCAACCGAACGACACCCUUCGAUGAAAUGUACUUACAACACCAGUAAAAUAUCUCUUCGGUCACAAUGCAUUCCAUACGGCGGUUCGAUCAAGACAUCGAUACAUGCCUAGCAUUCGUCAAUUGCCUAUCAGUGAAAGUGAACGUUAUUUCCUUAAGAAUGUCAUAUCUUUCAAUAGUUUGGAUUUAUUUUUUGGUAUUGUCCAUUGAAGCCGUUAGUGGUGGCAACGUUCUUGUAUUGAUGGGAGUUCCAUCACCUAGUCAUUUCAUUUGGGUUAGACCUAUAGUCAACGAAUUAGCAGCAAAGGGUCAUAAUGUGACAGUAUUUUCUGUUAACGUUGACCCAGAUCCACCAACGAAUGUUACAUACAUUCAUUUGGAAAACACGUACAAUAUACUAUACGGAAAUAUAAACGUUUCCAACGACAUCAUAAAGCGAUCAAUGGACAAUCCUUUUGAAGCGGUGAUGUCUGCAUACAAGUUUGGCACUUUGGCGUGUAUCGGAUGCACAACUUCUCAAGGAUUCAAAUCUCUCCUUAACUAUCCGGAUAAUUUUCGCUUUGACGUUAUAAUCUACGAUUGCACAGCAGGACCAUGCAUCUUGGGAUUUCUACACAAGUUUCACUAUCCACCGUUAAUAAGCGUUUCGGCGUUUGGGAUUCCUCAGUUCAGCCAUCUCAUCGUCGGCGGAUACAAACCUUCGUCACAUGUUCCGCAUUUCUCGCUUACAUACGACUGCCGGAUGAGUUUCACGGAAAGGACUAUCAACUUUUUAGUGCAAAAUUUCGAUUCAUUCUACCGUAGAUGGGUGUUUUUGCGUCGAAUCCGUGCGAUAAGCGAGUCAGCUUUUGGGUUUAAUUUGCCGAAUAUAGAAAAUUUGGAACGCCGCAGCCAGUUGAUGUUGGUUAACUCAAACCCUUUGCUCGACCAUGCCGAGGUACUGCCUCAAAACGUCAUUCCAGUUGGUGGACUGCAGAUUACCGAACCGAAGGUUUUGCCAGAGAAUAUCCAACAAUUCAUCAAUUCCAGCAAGAAAGGAGCAGUUUUAUUCGCAAUGGGUACAAAUUUCAAAAGCAAGAUGCUAAACCCGGAACGGCAGGCCAUGUUUAUCCAAGUCUUCGCACAGUUUCCAGAUUAUCUUUUUUUAUGGAAGUUCGACGAGGACAACAUUGCGAUUCCCGUUCCACCUAACGUAAUGAUCAGUAAAUGGCUACCUCAAAGCGACAUUCUAGCACAUCCUCGAGUGAAGGCUUUCAUCACACAUUGUGGCUUACUAGGCACGUUCGAGGCGGCUUAUUACGGUGUUCCCGUAGUCAGCAUACCAGUCUACAUUGAUCAGCAUAAGAACGCUGCAAAGUUGAUCAGAAAUGGUGUUGGAAUAGCUUUGAAAUUAUCCGAUCUUACGGUAGAGACAGUCAAGGAAACAUUACGUGAAGUACUCGGAAAUAGUACUUUUAGAACAAACGCGCGGAAACUAUCAGAUCUGUUACGUGAUCAACCAGAGAAACCGCUCGAUCGUGCCAUUUGGUGGAUCGAGUGGGUUUUGAGACAUCCACAUGAGUAUCAUUCACGUUCACCUACGAUCGAUAUGAAUGUGAUAUCAGAGAACAAUGCCGACGUGUUUAUUUGUUUGAUUUUUAUUAUUGCCGCUAUUUUGUACAUAAUGUGCCAGUUAUUGAAAUGCCUUAAAGCUGUAAAAAAGUCUGUAGUGUCUGUGGAAAGUAAAAAAGUGAGGUAAAAUCUUAGUAUUUUCAUUCAAACAGUA